AUGAAGGUGGCUAUCCUUUACUACUCCACAUAUGGCCACAUAGUGUCCAUGGCUGAAGCCGUCAAAAUAGGUGUCGAGGAAUCCAGCAAAGCUUCGGAGGUCACAAUUUUUCUGGUUCCGGAAACACUUUCUCAAGAAGUCUUGGACAAGAUGCAUGCUACUCCAAACGCCGGCUACCCUAUUGCUACGCAAAGAACUUUAGUUGACUAUGACGCUUUUGUUUUUGGAUAUCCCACCAGAUUUGGAACCUUGCCGGCACAGUUGACCGAGUACUUGGGUCAGACUGGUGGUUUAUGGGCCGAGGGUGCCUUGCAUGGCAAACCGGUGGCUUUAUUUACCGCGGUUUCUUCUGCUUCGGGUGGCCAAGAAAUCACCUUGAGGAAUUUCCUCUCAUAUGUGGCCCACCACGGUUUGAUUUACAUUCCAUUAGGAUACGGCCCCGCAUUCAAAGACUUGACCAAUAUGGAUGAGGUCCAUGGGGGCUCUCCGUAUGGGGCUGCCACUUUUGCCGGCAUAGAUGGGUCUAGACGACCAUCAGAUUUAGAGAAAAGAAUUGCUCACAUUCAGGGAGAGACAUUUGCCUUGAGUGCAUCAAGGUUUGUUGUUUCUGAUCCGGCUUCUGAACCCGCUGCCAAGACUGCCGAACCGGCUGAAGCCUUGGAAAAGGCCACAGAAGUGCAUAGAGAAAAGUCUACUGAUAGACCCGUGCAGAAGACGAGAGCCGCUCAGAGCAAGCUUACAGUUCAACACAAGGAAAAGACAGGGUGUGCAAAGUGCACCAUCAUGUAA